GACUUCCGGCGCGGGCCGCCAUGGUGCGCUUCAAGCACAGGUACCUGCUCUGCGAAGUAGUGUCCGACGACUCGCGCUGCCGCCUCAGCCUGGACGACCGAGUGCUGGUCGGCCUCGUCCGGGACACGAUCGCCCGGGUGCACGGGACCUUCGGCGCCGCCGCCUGCUCCGUCGGCUUCGCGGUUCGAUACCUCAAUGCCUACACUGGAAUAGUGCUACUUCGAUGCAGAAAGGAAUUCUACCAGCUCCUAUGGUCAGCUCUUCCCUUUAUCACUUAUUUGGAGAACAAAGGACACCGUUAUCCAUGUUUUUUCAACACAUUACAUGUGGGAGGUACCAUUAGGACGUGUCAGAAGUUCCUGAUUCAGUACAACAGGAGACAGCUGCUGAUCCUGCUGCAGAAGUGUACGGACGAAGGAGAGAGGGAAGCUAUCCAGAAGGCCGUCACAAGAAGCUCUUUACUAGAGGAAGAAGAGUCGGCUGAGGAAGAGCUUUCAGACAGUGCUGGCGAGGCCACCGAAGCAACGGAGUGAACUUCUGGUGCCCACACGGCAGGCUUCUCUGUGCUCAAGUGCAGUCUGCAAACCAAGCGACUCGUGACCAGAUUGAAAGGAAGGACUCAUUUAACACAACAUGAAGUUGCUUUACCAGCCACCCCUGGAUAGGGGUCCAAUAGGUUGUGAAGGCUCUGCACAGACAUUAUUGUAUGGAAUUGCAUUGCUGAAUAGUUUGAAUAAAUAACUUUGGCUUCCAUAGAA